GCGAAGCUGGUCAUGACGGACGGUGUUGGAUGAAGCAAAGGUAGAUGAUCGCAAAGGCUUUCACACAGCGGAAAGAGACCUGACGUUGCGCCACAGCCAGUCAUGGUCCGCCCGGCCGCUCUCCACCCUGAAACUCUGGUCUUGGGAGUACGAUGGACCUGUUGUAAGCGGGACUGUGGGAAAACCAACAAUGGCACUUCUACCGCAUGUGGAGGGUGCAGUCACACAAGAUGCGGACAUUGCACGACCACCGUUGUCACCGAGCCGCAGUUCGAGUUCGAGUUCGAGUUCGUGUCCAGUGUCCCCUGGCAUGGCCGCCUGAACCGUUUCGGACCACAAGAUAGCACGUAUUGGGAAUGCGUGCGUCCACCUUGUCGCUUGAGAAUGAGAAGUGAAGAUACUUAAGAAUGUCCAGUGUCAAUGCAAGACGACAUUACUGUACGCCUUGUACAAGAGUUGUAUCAACUGCGACCACAAGAAAUGUAUGAAUUGCAGACCGACCAGGAAAAUAUAGCGACGCUUGGGGGAGACGAUGUGGGUGUAGGCCGUCGGUACUGUCAGAGAGAUGUCGAGGUGCAAGAGAGAUGCAAUAUCGGAGGUGCAAUGAAUGAGUACCUAGGUACCUUAGGUCCACAGGCACCGCAGAGCCAACAACGAGGUGUCAAACUGACUACAGGGACUACCUUGCACCUUCCCGACGGUCUCGCGCGCCAGGGGGACGAGAACGAUGAAUAGACGGUCUUACUGUAGGUGGAUUUGCGAACUGUGCUCAUUCGAUUAUUGCCUUGGAGCACGCCGGAGUACUUAGGAAUCCAUCAUCGAC